AUGCUUCGCGUGCAGAGGAUCGCACUGGGAGGGCUGAGGCCCAGCCUCUGCAGAGGCCUCCACCACAGAGCUGUGAUGGCCCUCAGGCGAGAGGACCUCAACGCCUGGGAGAGAAGGGCGCCUCUGGCCCCUAGGCACAUCAAAGGCAUCACCAGUCUGGGGUACAAGGUCUUGAUACAGCCUUCCAAUCGUCGGGCCAUUCAUGAUAAGGAAUAUGUCAAAGCUGGUGGCAUUCUUCAAGAGGACAUAUCUGAAGCUUGUCUAAUUUUGGGAGUUAAAAGACCUCCAGAGGAAAAAUUAAUGUACAAGAAGACUUAUGCAUUCUUCUCCCACACAAUCAAAGCUCAGGAGGCGAACAUGCACUUGUUGGAUGAGGUUCUGAAACAGGAAAUCCGGCUUAUUGAUUAUGAGAAAAUGGUGGAUCAUAGAGGAUCACGGGUAGUGGCAUUUGGACAGUGGGCAGGCGUGGCAGGGAUGAUCAACAUUUUACAUGGAAUGGGUUUAAGGCUCCUUGCUUUGGGACAUCACACACCCUUUAUGCAUCUUGGAAUGGCGCAUAACUAUAGGAAUAGCAGCCAGGCUGUCCAAGCUGUCCGUGAUGCCGGCUAUGAAAUAUCUCUGGGUUUAAUGCCAAAGUCUAUAGGGCCCUUAACAUUUGUGUUCACGGGGACUGGUAAUGUAUCUAAGGGAGCCCAAGAAGUCUUUAAUCAACUACCCUACGAAUAUGUGGAACCCCAUGAAUUAAAAGAAGUCUCCAAAACUGGAGACCUCAGAAAAGUGUAUGGGACAGUGCUAAGUCGCCAUCAUCAUCUUGUCAGGAAGACAGAUGGUGUGUAUGAUCCUGUAGAGUAUGACAAACAUCCUGAGCGCUACGUUAGUCGCUUUAAUUCCAAUAUUGCACCCUAUACAACCUGUUUAAUUAAUGGAAUCUACUGGGAACAAAAUACCCCUCGCCUAUUAACCCGCCACGAUGCCCAAAGUCUCCUGGCUCCAGUCAAGUCCUCAGUAGCUGCUAUUGGAGGCUGCCCUGAAUUACCACACAAACUGGUGGCAAUCUGUGACAUUUCAGCUGAUACAGGAGGAUCUAUAGAUUUUAUGACUGAAUGUACUACAAUAGAGCAUCCCUUUUGCAUGUAUGAUGCAGACCAGCAUAUUAUUCAUGACAGUGUUGAAGGCUCUGGGAUUCUGAUGUGUUCCAUUGACAAUUUGCCAGCACAGCUUCCAAUUGAAGCUACAGAAUACUUUGGAGAUAUGCUAUAUCCUUAUGUUGAAGAAAUGUUAUUAUCAGAUGCAUCCCAGCCUCUUGAAAGUCAGAAUUUUUCUCCUGUGGUGCGAGAUGCAGUGAUUACAUCUAAUGGUUUAUUGACUGAUAAAUAUAAAUAUAUCCAGAAACUCCGAGAGAGCAGAGAACGCAUUCAGUUACUUUCAAUGAAUACCAAGAAAAAGGUCUUGGUUCUUGGAUCUGGCUACGUAUCUGGGCCUGUAUUAGAAUAUUUGUCAAGAGACAGCAAUAUAGAAAUAACAUUAGGCUCUGACAUGAUGAGUCAAAUUAAGCAGUUGGGCAAGAAAUACAAUAUUAAUCCUGUUAGCCUGAACAUUGCUAACCAAGAAGAAAAAUUGAACUCCUUGGUGGCAACGCAGGAUCUUGUCAUCAGCUUGUUGCCAUAUGUGCUGCAUCCUGUUGUGGCCCAGGCAUGUAUCACUAACAAGGUUAACAUGACCACAGCAAGUUACAUCACACCAGCACUAAAAGAACUGGAAAAGAGUGUGGAAGAGGCUGGAAUCACGAUCAUUGGCGAGUUGGGAUUGGACCCUGGUCUUGAUCAUAUGUUGGCAAUGGAUACAAUUGAUAAGGCCAAACAAGUGGGAGCCACGAUUGAAUCUUAUACUUCCUAUUGUGGUGGGAUUCCAGCCCCUGAACACUCAGAUAAUCCUUUGAGAUACAAAUUUAGCUGGAGUCCUGUGGGAGUUUUGAUGAACAUAAUGCAGCCCGCCACCUACCUGCUCAAUGGAAAGGUUGUGAAUGUUGCAGGAGGAGUCUCCUUUCUGGAUGCCGUCACAUCCAUGGAUUACUUCCCGGGACUGAACCUGGAAGGCUACCCCAACAGAGACAGCACCAGGUAUGCCGAGAUUUACGGCAUUCCAUCUGCUCACACCGUGUUGCGGGGGACGCUGAGGUACAAGGGUUAUUCCAAAGCUUUGAAUGGAUUUGUAAAAUUGGGUCUCAUAAGCAGAGAAGCAUAUCCCACCCUCCGAUCUGAAGCCAGCUCUCUUACCUGGAAGCAACUGCUGUGUGAUCUAGUUGGGAUUUCACGCUCCUCCACUUGUGGUAUGCUUAAAGAAGCUGUUCUUAAGAAACUGAGAGGGGACAGUACCCAGCUGGAAGUUGCUGAAGGGUUGGGCUUGCUUGGAGAUGAACAAGUUCCACAGGCGGAGUCCAUUGUGGGUGCUCUAUCUAAGCAUUUGGCUUUGAAACUCUCCUAUGGCCCUGAAGAAAAAGAUAUGAUUGUGAUGAGAGACAGUUUUGGUAUCAGGCAUCCUUCUGGACAUUUAGAGAGUAAAACUGUUGAUCUUGUGGUUUAUGGAGACUUCGAUGGCUUUUCAGCAAUGGCUAAAACUGUGGGGUUACCUACAGCCAUGGCAGCCAAAAUGUUGCUUGAUGGUGAAAUUGAAGCCAAAGGUCUGAUGGGCCCCUUUUCCAAAGAGAUCUAUGGGCCAAUAUUGGAGCGGAUUAAAGCAGAAGGCAUUUUAUAUACUACACAGAGCACAAUCAAAUUAUAACUGGGAGUUAGAUUUUUUGUCUUAUCUUUCCAGGCAACAGAAUUCUCAACAUUUGUGUGACAAACAAGCUUGUUACUAUGCCAUUUUAUAAAGUAUAAAACAUGACAUAUUUGGGCAGCCGGGGAUUUAGCUCAGUGGUUCCAGCGCCUGCCUUAAAGCGCAAGAUUCUGAGUUUGAUCCCAGGUACCAAAACAGCUCCCCCAAAACAAAAAACCAUGACAUAUUUUGAUUAAGUCAGCACAAUAGUGUUUUAGAAAUAUAAAUUUCUAUUUUAAAAUGAAAACAUUUGUAAUAAGAGAUGCCAGUCAUUAACAGAGAACUUUAAUAAUAGUUCUAUCAUGUAUUUUUCCAUAUGUUUGUAGAAGUGAUAGUUAUUAUACCAUUUAUUAAUUUAUUGUAUCACUUUUCUUAUAAGAAUAUAUUUUCUUGUAGUUAGCAAAUGGAUUAUUAAUGUUUUGGUCAGAAAAAAAUACCUCAUAUAGUUAUAUUUUAAUAGCUUUCAUAUUAAUUUUUCAUACCUUUAGAUUACAUAUCUACAAACUUUUAUAAAAAUGCUAUUUUAUACCUUUUUAAAAGUUAUGGGUAUUUAGUAAAUUACUUUGUAGAAAAUUUCUCUUAAGUAUUUGGCAAAGGGAAGAAAUGAGAUAAAAUCACAAUCCACAUGAGCCCUUGAUAAGGUGCAGAAAAAGGAUUUAAUAAAAUCCAACUUCCUUUCAUGAUAAAAAUACCCAACAAAGUGAGAACAGAAGGGAGCUUCCUCAACCUGAUAAAAGAUGUCUAUGAAAAACCCACAGAUGUAUCAUUUAAUGGCAAAAGACUGAAUUAAUAUCUCCUAACAUCAGAAACAAGACAAGGAUGUCUGUUCUUGUUACUGCUGUUCAACCUGUACUAGAGGGUUGAGCUAGGGUAGUAAGGCAAGAAAAUAAAAUUCCUCUGGAUUGGAAAAGAAAAAAUAAAAUCUUGCUUACAGAUAAUAUGAUCUCAGAUAUGAAAGUCUAAAGGCAAUCUAUGGAAAAUCCAAAGGCAUACUCAAAACAAAACAUUAAAAUUAAUAAAGAAACUCAGCAAAGUCACAGAACACAAAAGUGACAUACAGAGUUUUAUUGUCUUUCUGUAAAGUGUCAAUGCAUGAACUAAAAAUGAUAUUGAGAAAAUAAUUUCAAUAGCUUUAAAAAGGAUAAAAUAAUAAUAUAAUUGAGAGUCCAGAGAUAAUACUCACAUUUAUGGUUAACUGCUUUUCUAAAAAAGGUGCUAAGAAAAUUCAAUGGGGGGAAAUAAUCUUUUUCAUUAAAUGGUGUUUGGAAACAUGAAUAUCUACAUACAAAUAAUUACAUUGAACCCUUACCUCAUACAAAUAUAAAAAUUAACAUACAAAUAUAAUAAAUAUAAAAAAUGGACUUAAUACCUAAAUCUUACAUUUGCCUAACACUGUAAAAAUCUUAGAAGAAAAUAUUAGCAUAAACCUUCAUGACCUUGUAUUAUGCAAUGAUUUCUUAAAUAAAGGGUAAUAAAAACAAAAGCAGCAAAUGAAAGAAUUAAUUGGACAUAAUGAAAAUUAAAAAUUAUUUCACUAUCAAGAAAACAAAAAGACAACUCAGAAUGAGAGAACAUUUUGUAAAUCAUGUAUCAGGUCAGGGAGGAACAUGUAUCUAGAAUAUACAAAGAACUGUUAAAAUUCAAUAAUAAAAAGACACAUAACCCAAUUUAAAAAUGGACAAAAAUAUUUGAAUUAACAGUUCUCCAAAGAUAUACAAAAAGUCAAUAGGAACACGAAAAGAUUCUUAAUAUCAUCAGCCAUCAGGAAAUACAAAUCAAACUACAAUGAGAUACACCUUAUACUCAGCAGAAUGGCUAUAAUAAAAGAUAAUAACAAGUGCUAAUGAGAAUGCAAAAACAUUGAAAUUUUCAAAUGCUGCUGGUGCAUAACCAAGAUCAAUGAUAGCAUGUCUACACAGAAACUUGUACACAAAUGUUUAUAGUACCAUUAUUUAAAACAGCCAAAAAUUGAUGUAACCCAAGUGACUAUCAACUAAUAAAGGAAUAAGCAAAAUAUGUUAUAUCUGUACAAUGGAAUAUUAUUCAGCAUUAAGAAAUAAAGUACUGAUGCAUGCUAUAACAUAGACGAACAUUAUAAACAUGCUGAGUGAAAGGAGCCAGACUCAAAAGACCACAUAUUGUAUGAUUUCACUACUGAAAUGCCAGAACAAUACUUUGAAAGUGUGAACUGUAAAAUAUGUGAAUCAUAUCUCAAUUUGUUAUAAAAAGACUGAACUUUAAUGGGAAUUUGUUGUUUGCUUCCUUGUGGGAAAUACUCUUGCUUUUAAAGAUGUAAAUCAAUCACCUGUCUGACCUUCACAAACUAUCCUUGUAUUGUUAUGUAUGAAACUGAUUCUGUCUUUGAGAUAGGCAGGUUUUAUACACGGGGUGCACGGCAAUUGAGAAAACAUCAUCUGUGCUCUUUGAAAAGAAUCAAAACUGAUUAAGGCCUUGGUCUUACCUGUCACAAAUAAUAUAUGGAGAUCAAUAACCCUUUUUAAAACAAAAACAGUUCUAUUAUUGUUUGCAACCAUAACACAAUCAUUUAGAAGAUAAAAUUUUGUCCUAUUGAUUCCACCCCCAAUUUGGAAGCCGCCCCCAGUUUAUGAGAGUACCCAGAUGGAGUGGGAACGGGGAACUAGACUCUUGGGGAUAGGGAAACCUGUUGAGCUGUUGGUGUAACUAAUUAAUGGCUUUGGGCUGUUUUGUAACAAUAAGUGAUUAAUCGUGUGUGUCUGAUGUGUUGAUCUAAUGUCAGUGUUGGUGGUGGUGAUAGAGAAGGAAAUGUCAGUAAACUUAAAUAAAACUAGAUAAAAUCAAA